AUUUCGAUUUCAUGAUUUGUAAUACCAACUAAUUUUAAUUGCAUUUUAUGCAAAGAAGGAAGUCUAGGACCAGUCUUAAAUUCAAUAAAAUGGAGUCUAGUGGUCCAUUCAACUCAACUGUCAAAGUAAAAGAAGAGUCUAAUGACAUGUACUAUGACAAAAAUGGCGAUAGUGAAACAAGUGAUCAAGCAUUCGAUGUUAAAAAUGUGCAAUACCUCAGAUGUCUGCAAGAGAUUUCCAUUCAUACACUUGAAGAAUAUCAAGGAAUUUACGAAUUUCUACCUAACCAAGAAAUUAAAGUAGAAUUUGAGUGCAAAGAUGUCAAACCCAGAGAGACUUUGCUCGAACUAAAUGAAGUGAUCGAAGGAAUUCAUGAAUUUCAAUCAAACCAAAUCAAAACCGAGGUUGAGUGCAAAGAAGAGAAACCUAAUGUUAAUUUACUAGUAUCUGAUGAAACCAACGAAGGAAUUCAUCAAUUUCAACCAAAGAACGAAAUUGAAAUAGAGUUUGAGUGCAAAGAUUUUGAACCCAUUGUGAAUUUAUCAGUACCCGAUGAAGAAAACGAUUGGUUUCAUCGGUCUGAUCAAUAUAAAGAUGUUAAAAAUUCCUCGAUUAAAAUAGAAACUGAGGGCAAAGUCAAGAAAGAGUUUCUCAGUGAUACUCAGAAAACUAUAGAUAUAAAAACUGGCUGCACACUUAACGGACAGAAUGAAAAAGUUUAUACUUUAGUAAAUAAAAGUAAACAAUCUGCUGAGUGUGAUGCAAGUUUAAAGACAUUAUCUGCUAAAAUACCCGUGCAAACCGAUAUUAAUUCAGAGGAUAAUAGUAAGUCCUAUUCGUGUGACAUUUGUAAAAAGACAUUUAAACAUAAACCUUAUCUCAAUGUGCAUAUCGGUUCAGUACAUUAUGGUCGAAAACCUCACAAGUGUGAUAUAUGCGGCAAAUCAUUUGCACAAAAAGUUAAUCUGAAAGCCCAUGUUAAUGCGAUACAUGAACGUAUUGCUUACCCGUGUGACAUUUGUGAAAAGACAUUUUCACGCAAGUAUUAUCUCAAGAUACACAUCGAUUCAUUCCAUAAUGGUCGAAAAUAUCGCUGUGAUAUGUGCGAAAAGUCAUUUACACAAAUAAGUUCUCUGAAAAUUCAUAUUGAUGCAAUACACAAUUUUAUUACUUACCCUUGUCACGUGUGUGAAAAGACAUUUUCCAGCAAGAUUCGUCUCAAAGUCCAUAUGAAUUCAAAUCAUACAGAAAAUCGAAAUCCUCCCAAAUGUGAUACAUGCGGAAAGUCAUUUGUAUACAGGACUAGUUUGAAAACUCAUAUUGAUUCGGUGCAUAAUGGUAUCACACAUACAUGUGGUAUAUGUGGAAAACCGUUUACACAAAAGGGUCAUCUCAAGUUGCAUAUUAAUUCAGUUCAUGGUCAUUGAAAACCUUAAAACUGAAAUUUAUGAAGAAAAAAAUUCAUACGUAAGGAUUGAUUCAAAUCCCACAUUGAUUCGGUGUAUAAUCGUAUUUCUUACCCAUGUUAAACACGAAAAAAUACAUUUUCACAAAAGGGUUAUCUCAAAUUUCAUAUCGAUCUAGUGCACAAUCAUAUUACUGCCCGUGUAACAUUUGUAGCAAAUCAUCGAUCGAUUGAUCGGCACUCAGAAAAAUAAACAUUGUGUGAUAUGUUCAAGAAAACAUUCUUAAGCAAAAAAUAAUUUCAUACUGUAACUCCAAAAAUAAGCGUCAAGUUUAAAAAAAAGUAAAAUAAACUGUUUGGUUGAAUUAGCUGAAGAGCAUAGCAAUAUAACUAAACCAUAUAGUAAUGUCAUGCAUAUUAAAAUAUAUAUAUUUUCAAGAGAAUAAAAAUAUAUAUUAUUUAUAAAGUGACUUUUAAGUCAUUAAUAAAUUUUAAAAGUAAUUUUUUAAUUUUUCCAAAUUUUAGUGAAAUUGUACUCAUAAAUACGGGCAAAUG